UCAGACCAUGUGAUCUACAGUAGACUUCCUUGGAGGAUGAUGGAGUGUUUUGCUGGAUAUUGAUUCUUCUGAGUUUGAGGUGGCUAUGAUUUAAUCGCUUUGAGAUCCAUUUCACCUCAAUCAAAUACGUUUUGGCGAAAGGAAGACGAAAGAUCAUGGCCCAGGCUACACAGAUGAAUGUCCCCGAAAUCAACACUCCGAUAACAGUAGAACACGAUAAAAAGAAGCGACAGUUUACCAUACGACUAAAUGGCUCUCAUGACCGUGCGGUCCUCUUGUACGAGUAUGUCGGGAAGAAGACUGUGGACCUGCAGCAUACGGAGGUUCCAGACGCCUACAGAGGGAGAGGCAUUGCCAAGCACCUGGCCAAGGAGGACCUUCUUGCAAUCUGGACCUGUGCAGCUCACUCUGUGUAUGGAGAGAAGUCUUUGUACCUCUUUAACCCAGCGGCCAUGGAUUUUGUGGUGGAAGAGGAUCUGAAGGCUCACCUUACCUGCUGGUACAUCCAGAAAUACGUCAAAGAGAAUCCCCAACCUCAAUACCUGGAGCACAUCCACCCCGUGUGACCCCAUGACGGAGAGGGAGAGAGACUGAGGUAGAAAGCAUGGCCUCAUGCUUUCUGUUUGGAGGACUUUGUGUAAAGGGUUUUUUUUGGGGGGGGGGGACCAUACUAUAGCUAUCUCUACAGACAUAAAGACUCCCUGUUGGAGAGCAGUGGUAGAGGAACUGUCCGAGUGCCAUUGACAUUACUCAUGGCCUGUCCUCAAUGGGAAUGGACAUCAGUGUGUGUGUGUGUGUGUAAAGAAAAAGGAAUGUUGUAGAGUCUUGCUGUCUUGUUGUAUAUACAGUGGCAAGACUAUGCAGGAUUCCUGUUUUUGUACUGUAAGAAGCAAUGUCUCAUCACACUUUGGCCGUAUUGCUUUCACUUAUCCUGUCUUGGCUGGUCAUUUGAAGAGGAGUGAACAACGGCAGGAGGAAAGGAACAGCUUUCUGGAGUGGAAUGCAAUCCUGAUCAUUCAAGAUGUUUGUCCUCUAUUCAAAACCAUCAAGACAAACAGCUGUUCAUCAGGACCUUGAUUAGCUGAAUCGGGUGUGUUAGAGCAGCAUUGGCACAAUAGUGUGCACAUACAAUAGCUCUCCAGUAGGGUGGACCACACCUUGUUUACUUUAGACCAUCAACUUGCGGGCUAUAUCCCCUACAUGCAGUCAGCCUGUCGUGGGCUAGUGAGGCACUUCCCUCUAUUCCUGCUAUGCUGCCCAAGACUAUCUGUCCCCAUGUUCAUCAGGACAACCACUCUUCAGUAGGCCUACCCUUCACCUUAAAUGUUACUGUACAGAAAGCUGCUGUGCUAUCUGACAUGAGACAUUGCCAUAGAACCUUCAUUGACCGUGGGGGUAAUCUUCUACUGUCUGUAAAAGCACUAAUUCAGGGCUGUUCUACUACAGUUUAAAUCUUGUGUGGCAUUUUCUCUAUACAGUUUACAAGCAUGGCUUAAGAAAACAGAAAACAAAAUUCCAAUAUCAAGUAACAGGUUGUAUUUUCCAUUUGCUGAGUAUCUUAAACUACAGUAGGGAUUCUCUCUGGCUUUGACCUAGGUGAGAUGUACUAUUUACUAGGUGACUGAAUGCAUACUGGUCAGGAAGGCAGUAAAACUGAUGACACAGUCUUCAGGGGAUGGCUCUGUAGGCCCACUGUCUGACAGAGAUGGGUAUAAAGUCUGCAGACAGUUUGAUUAUUUUCCAUGUCUCUCUUGUUUUAAAUUAAAUACCUUAUUUGACUAAC